UAAAAAUAGGGCCGUACAAUUAAUUUCAAGGACCCGCACUACCCAGGGCGGCACAAAUGAAAGAUAAUUUUUUAAAAUCUAAAAAACAGAAAAAAUCGGAAUAAAUUGGAAAAAAUUAGGGAUGGUGUAACUUUGGUUGCAUCCAUAAUGUAUCUUCAGGGCCUUGGAGAGAUGAGCUAAUUGAAUAAUUGAAUAAAAAAUUAAAAAAAAUGGGAAUAAUCUAUGAUUAUGAUCACAGAUGAUGAUCAUGAUUAUUCAUAUGUAAUUUCGAUGGCUCUUCUGUCGAAAUAAUACCUCGUGACUACAUUUGACGCUUAAAAAUCUGCGUCAAGCGUCAGUAUGAAAUUGCACCUUAACGGAUUUUUGAGUGAAGUGUUGUGAUCGGCUCCCAGGCUCCCACCAAUUUCGUCUGGUGCUGGACCAGAUGUUUUCACAAUUGACAGAUAAAAAGGUUAUGUCUAUUUUCCGAAUAUUUGAUACGACUGUUAAUGCACAACAUGAAUUAAUCAGACUGUGUUCAAAUAUUUUCAUCAAUUAAUAUCAAUUGAUAAUUAUAUGAACAAACAAACAGGUCUCGACUCCCGAAAUUCAACUCAAUUUGGAGCAAUCAUCGAGAAAUCAACGUUACAGCUGUCAAGCUCGAUGAAAAGGACGAUGAAACUCUUACUGCGGUCCCUCCGAAAGAAACUCGGGUCGUUAUUUGCGGCGGGGGUGUUGUGGGAGCUGCCGUUGCUUAUCAUCUCGCCCAGAUGGGAUGGGGACCCCAAACAAUUCUCGUUGAAGGCGGAAGGUUGGGUGGAGGUACAACAUGGCACUCAUCUGGCUUGAUUGGAGCAUUUAAGCCAAGUCUUGCUCAGUCAAAAUUAGCACAAAAUAGUAUUGCAUUAUAUAAAGCUUUGGAGAAAAAUGGGCGAUCUACAGGAUGGAAACAGUGCGGCAGUCUUUCGCUGGCACGUACAAGAGAUCGCAUGACAGUAUUUCGCCGAAUGAAAGCUCAGUCUGUCUCGUGGAAUAUAGAAUGCGAACUGAUCUCUCCAGAAGAUAUUAAAAAUUUAUGUCCUUUACUGAGAGUAGAUGAUCUAACUGGUGGUUUAUGGAUUCCUGGAGACGGCGUUGGGGAUCCGUAUGAAACUUGUCUCUCACUCAUUGCUGAGGCGAGAGAAAAAGGUGUACGAGUAUAUGAAAAUUGCAAAGUGACUCAUAUACUCAACCAGAAUAAUGCCAUCGAAGCUGUAGAAACGACGCGUGGCAUGGUUGAAUGUCAAUUUUUUGUUAACUGUGCUGGAUUUUGGGCACGAAGCGUUGGGAAACUAAGCGAGCCUUUUGUGAAAGUGCCUCUACAUCCAGUAGAACAUUAUUACCUCCACACUAAGCGACUGCCAAAUUUAGACCCGAUGCUUCCUGUUAUCCGUGACUUAGAUGGGUAUACUUAUUUUCGAGAAAACAAUGGACGAUUAUUGGCGGGUGGAUUUGAGCCUGUUGCUAAACCGGCUUUUGAAAAUGGAAUAAUACCUGGCAACGCAACCGAAAGAUUCUUACCUGAAGAUUGGGAUCAUUUUCACGUAUUACUGGAACAAAUGCUUCACAGAGUACCCAGCCUAGGGAAUGCCAGACUGGAAAGAUUGUGUAACGGACCUGAAGCAUUCUCACCUGACUGUAAAUGGAUCGUAGGAGAGGCUCCCGAAAUUCAAAAUUAUUAUAUUGCCGCUGGAAUGAAAACGGUUGGCAUAUCAGCUGCGGGUGGUAUUGGUCAGGCAACUGCGGAGUUGAUCGUAAAUGGUUCGACAUCACUCGAUAUGUAUGAACUGGAUGUUUCACGUUUUCUCGGGCUACACAACAACCGUAAGUUCCUACGAGAUCGCGUCAAAGAAGUUCCUGGAAUGCAUUACGCGUUACAAUACCCUCAACACGAAUUCCAAACUGGUAGAAAUCUGAGAAUGUCUCCAAUAUAUCCAAAGUUAAGAGAAGCCGGUGCUGUCUUUGGGCAAGUAAUGGGAUACGAACGCCCAACGUGGUUUCAACCAGCAGAUGAUAAUGACAUAGACCCGAUCGAUGGAUCUCGAAAAUACAAGAUUGCGUACACAAACACAUUCGGUAAACCAGCCUGGUUUGAUUACGUUGCAAAAGAGUAUGCGGCUUGUCGUGAAACGGUUGGGCUGAGCGAUUACUCUUCCUUCACUAAAAUAGACUUAUGGUCAAAUGGUACGGAAGUAGUUGACCUGCUUCAGUAUCUUUGUUCCAACGAUGUGGACGUACCCGUUGGAAGCAUUAUUCAUACUGGAAUGCAAAAUCAUCUGGGCGGUUAUGAAAAUGAUUGCAGUUUAGCCAGAAUUGCCGUGAAUCACUACAUGAUGAUUGCACCGACCAUCCAACAAACACGUUGCAAGAAUUGGAUUCGCCGUCAUUUACCCUCCGAUGGAUCUGUUGCUGUAUCAGAUGUCACCUCGGCGUACACAGCUAUCUGCAUCAUGGGCCCUGCCACCAGAUCGCUAUUGUCAGAACUGACCGAUACCGAUCUGAACCCAAAAAACUUUCCAUUCUUCACUUUUAAGGAACUUGAUGUUGGUUUAGCAAAUGGUAUACGGGCAAUGAAUCUCACCCACACCGGAGAGCUUGGGUAUGUCCUAUAUAUUCCAAAUGAGUUUGCGCUACAUGUCUAUACAAGGCUCAUAGAAGCAGGAGAGAAAUACGGAAUAACGCAUGCCGGAUAUUACGCUACACGCGCUCUACGCGUCGAAAAAUUUUAUGCUUUCUGGGGUCAAGAUUUGGAUACUUUUACGACUCCACUUGAAUGCGGUAGAGCUUGGCGUGUUAAAUUUGACAAAAGUGUCGAUUUCAUCGGCAGGGAUGCUCUACUGAAACAAAGAGAAGACGGUGUUCAAAGAAAGUACGUUCAAUUGCUAGUGAACGAUCAUGAUCCUGAUAUCGAUCCCUGGUGUUGGGGCGGAGAGCCCAUCUACAGGGAUGGUAAAUAUUGUGGUAUGACUACGACGACUGGAUAUGGUUAUACAUUCAAGAAACAGGUUUGUCUUGGCUUUGUUCAAAACUUGGAUGAGAAUGGAAAAACUCAAGAGGUGACUAACGAGUAUGUUAUCUCUGGAGACUACGAAGUAGAUGUUGCAGGUAUUAGAUAUCACGCAAAGUGCCACUUGCACAGUCCAAAUCUCCCAACCAAAUUUCCAGAUCAAGAAAGAGAUUCAUACCACGCCACACGUGGCUUACAAAACUCGUAUUGAAUUUCACCUUCUCAUAUCACUGGCUGUAUAAAUAAUGUAUAUAACACAUAUUAAUAAAUUAUUUAAUACUAAUUUA